AUGCCACCACAAGGGCAACAAACGUCCGAAUCAUGGGUUCUUCACGAGUCGGAUUUGAACAAAGAUGACGACACCCCGAUUGUCCCGCCCUCGGCCGAAAAGCGAAAAUGGGAAAUUGUUUGGAGGAACGUAAUAAUAUUCGCCUUACUUCAUAUCGGAGGAGUAUACGGCGCCUAUCUUUUUUUAACUAAAGCCAUGUGGGCUACGCGUAUAUUCGCGGUAUUUAUUUACCUGUGUUCUGGACUUGGAAUCACAGCUGGCGCUCAUAGACUUUGGGCUCACAAGUCAUAUAAAGCAAAACUACCAUUACGCUUACUACUGACAGCAUUUAACACUAUAGCUUUUCAGGACUCGGUAUUAGACUGGGCUAGAGACCACCGAAUGCACCACAAAUAUUCAGAAACAGACGCAGAUCCUCACAACGCUACACGAGGUUUCUUCUUCUCGCACGUCGGAUGGCUACUUGUUAGGAAACAUCCGGAAAUAAAGGCAAAAGGGCAUACUAUCGACUUGAGCGAUCUUUGGGCAGAUCCUGUACUUCGUUUCCAGAAGAAGUACUACCUACUCCUCAUGCCCUUAGCUUGCUUCAUCUUACCAUCUUAUAUUCCUACACUAUGGGGAGAAUCGUUGUGGAAUGGAUAUUUCGUGUGUGCCAUCUUUCGAUACGUGUACGUCUUAAAUGUUACAUGGUUGGUUAACUCCGCCGCUCACAAGUGGGGAAGCAAGCCGUACGACAAACAUAUCAAUCCCGUCGAAACCAAGCCAGUCUCGUUAGUGGUACUCGGAGAAGGCUUUCACAAUUACCACCAUACGUUCCCUUGGGACUACAAGACCGCAGAACUUGGAGAAUAUUCUUUAAAUUUUUCCAAGUUAUUCAUUGAUACAAUGGCUAAAAUCGGCUGGGCUUACGACCUUAAAACCGUGUCAAAUGACGUUAUCAAGAAAAGAGUUAAAAGAACGGGUGAUGGCUCUCAUGAGGAAUGGGGCUAUGAAGAAGUACAAAAGUUAUCAGAAUAGAAAAGUAAUAAAGAUUAAACUUUAUAAAUUAUUAAUCAAGUGUCUAAUAUUAGUGGCGGAUAUUUGCUCUCAUAGUGAUUAUCUACAUUCUUUAAAAAUUUUCAUAGCAUUGAAAUCUUUUUGAAUUUGACAAGCUGUGAAGAAUUUGUGAUAUAAUGUUAUUUAUAAGAUA